UUUUGACUUUUGGCGUUUUUUGCGCUCUUUGGCGUUUUGAUUUUUUUUGGGAUUUUGAGUUUUUGGCGUUUUGAAUUGUGACAUUUUGAAUUUUUUUGGCAUUUUGUUUUUUGGAUUUAAUUUUUGGCGUUUUGUCUUUUUGGCGUUUUUUCCUUGGCGUUCUGUUUUUUUGACGUUUAAUUUUUUGGCGUUAUGAUUUUUGGGCAUUUCGUCUUUUAGCGUUUUAUUUUUGGCGUUUUAUAUUUUUUUUUAAUUUUGCGCACAUCCUUAAAUUAAAAAUUUUUUUUUGAUUACUUUAAAAAUCAAAAUUCUCUUUUAAUUUUUUCAGAACUUUUUUCUUUUCACUUAAAAAUUCUUUUCUUCUUUUUAAAUGGAUUCCCAAGAACAAUUUCAAUUAGAACCUAUAAAACUAGCUGUAAUAAUUAAUUUUUUGAUAUUUGCUGGAUUUUCUAAUUGGGUAGCUCUUGCAUAUAUACAUGAUUUUAUUGGAAGGAACCCUCUUCCGGAUAUUAUUUUCCAUUUUGUUGAGGAACAACCUUGGGCUAUUCCCCUCGGUGAUUUUAUGGUUAUGUUGUGCUCAAUUUCUUUAAUUUUGUUAUUUAUUUUUCACAAACACCGAAUUGUGGUUAUCAGAAGAAUACUUUUUAUUAUUGCUUGCUUGUAUUCUUUUAGGACGGUUAUGAUGUUAGUAACCCAACUCCCAGCAGGUUAUAAAAACAACGAAGUGCGUUGUAGACCUUUAAUAAAUAAAAUAAAUAGAACAUUGUCAAUUUACUUGAUAAGAACGUUAGAACAAACAAUACAUGUUGGAUUACAAGAUAAUUCAAAACAAAUGCUUUGUGGCGAUUUUUUAUUUUCUGGGCAUACUUUAAUUAUGGUUAGUUGGUUCUUAGUUGAUUUUUGGUUGAAAAAAUUUUAA